AUGCAACAAACGCAGGCGGCAACAAACAACACGGGAGCCAAGGGCGUGGGCAAUGUCAAAGGCCGGGAGAAGCCGUCGCAGGCAUUGGCGGGAUUCUGCCACUCACUCGCUCCCUCAAGGCUACCAAAUAAUGUCAACAAGUCGCUUCGGCCAACUUUGCCAACCUCUCGAGGCUUCAAGCAACGCCAGCAGGAUGUAGGACGGAUGGGAGACAGCGAUCCAGGCCGAAGAAAACAUCCAAGGUAUCCAAAAGUAAUCCAGUUGCUUGUCAUCGCCCAGACACGGGGAGAGGCCCAACGCAGCACCGGGAUUGCGGUGCUUAGGGUGUUUCGUGCGGCGCAAAAGGUCUGCCAGGAGGGUUCGGAUGCAGCGAGACACAACAAUGUCGCUGUGCCCGGCCUGGAUGUGUAG